AUGAGCUCUCGCCUCGCCUCCUUCCGUGGCCCGUCCACCCCCAACGCAUCUCCAGUGGCUCGGCAGACCACCACUCCCUUGUCGCCCUCUCGCUACUCCGAGCUCCCCCACCAUCGAACACUGCGGUCCCAACUACUCGAGCUGCGAAAUGUCGCGUACGAGUGGGACGAGCGUGUCUCGGGGCAAGGCCUCAAAGCUGCAUCCAGCUUGGUCGACGCGCGCACAGAGCUCGACAAUGAGCUCGCCGUGCUAUCCGACGGGAAGCAACCCGCGUACCCGAUCGUGCUUGAAAAGCUCCGAUUUAUGGAAACAUGCAUCGAAGACCUGCAUGAGGUCAUCAAGCGCCUAGACAAGUUAUUCCAAAAGAUGGUCAAGAUCAUCAAAAGCCUCGAAGUGCUCCUCCACGAGGUCCACAAGACCAAGGGGUGGAGAUUUGUCGAGGAGCCCCUCUGGGUGACAUGGUCCCUAGAAAAGUUCGUCACGAAGCUGCCGUACAUCCUGAAGCCAUACCGACGCUCGCUCGAGACACACAUCGACCUCGUCGAGCAGCUGCGGCCGCACGACGUGACCUUCGAGGAGUCGCGCCAGAUCAUCGCGCUCUGGCAGGCCCAGCCACACCUCGCGCUGGGUGGCUGGGACGCCGUCUGGGAAGACAUCUGUGCAGUCGAGGUUGACCGCUGGAAUGCGCCCCGGUGAAUGGUACUGUAGCUGCACACUAGUACUGGCUGCGGGCCACCGCGGCCCCGCGCACGGACGCUGUCGAGACGUGUAUUGUAUGCUGCACCUAGUCGUUCUCCGGCCGCCUUUGCUGUCGCAGGGCGCGCCACACCGCUCGUUCCAUUUGUACUCACAGACACAUACCCUUCGCGUCGCUUGCUGUCCAUUUGCUAUCAUAUGUUUAUC